AUGAGGUCACAAUUUAAAGACGAACACCCUUUUGAAAAGAGACAAGCUGAAGCAGCACGAAUUGCACAGAGAUUCAAGGAUAGAGUUCCAGUUAUCUGCGAGAAGGUCGAGAACUCCGACAUUCCGGAAAUUGAUAAACGCAAAUACUUGGUUCCAGUUGAUUUAACAGUGGGCCAAUUUGUUUACGUCAUUAGAAAGAGGAUCAAGUUGCCCAGUGAAAAGGCUAUAUUCAUAUUUGUCAAUGAUAUUUUACCCCCAACUGCUGCAUUGAUUAGCACAAUCUAUGAAGAACACAAGGAUGAAGAUGGGUUCUUGUAUGUUUUGUAUUCAGGGGAAAACACUUUUGGAGAAAAAGUGCCUAUCAAUUGGAAUGAAUUAGACUUUAGUGAUCUUCCGGAAGAUCUUUAA